CAAAAUCUUCAACAACAAGAAUCUUUCGUUUUUGAUAAGUGUGGAACGAAAAUAAUGUGUUACAAAAAGGUUCUCCCUCUUGUUAUUCAACCGCCAAAGUUACCGGCGGCGGAAGUGACGGUGGCGACGGAGGUGGUCGCCACCGGGAGUGUCCGUAACGAUGGCCUUGAAAAGAAGAAGUGUGUGUGUUCACCGUCGAAGCAUCCAAGAUCGUUCAAGUGUAGGUAUCAUCAUCAUGAAUAUCAAUGGCUUCCUUCUUCUUCUUCUUCUUCCCUCCAAAAAUGACAUAUCAAUAUGCAAUCUAUAAUUGAAAGCCUUUAGUAAAAAUAUGUAAUCUAUAACUAUAGUUCUAUAUUCAUGGUAUUUGUUAAUUUAACAAAGAAUAAAUCGUGCAUGUUGUGAUUUUUAUUUAUAAUCAAUAACCAUAGUUUAUAUUCAUGGCUAUUUGUAAAUUUAAUCAAAGUAUAAAUCGUGCAUGUUGUGAUAUUUUAUUAUA